AUGCAGCAAGAAGCUCGGAAUACUGAAAUCCAUCAGCGAUCAUGGGCAGACAGCAAUCUUCGUCACAAAGCCGUCCAAUUCGUGAGCGCGGGUAGUUUGGAGCCAACAUUGGAACGAGCAGACGAGGAUCAGGCAAAAUCGGACACGCACCGGGAAGAACCAAAAAUCGACAGUAUACCGGACAAGAAGGCCGACAUUGAGGUUCCAUUCUUCUUCGACUCCAAAGGACAAGGAGUUAUUCAAAUCGAGCACCCAAACCCAAUACUACAGUCGAAAUUAUCGGAUAUAGAUGACUCGAGUGAGGAUGAGGUUGUGUUCACCGGCAGGAGGAAUACAAAGCCCGUGCUCAUUGGAACACAUCAGAAAGAGAUUCAAGAAAUUGUGCAGACGAAUACUGCUGCAUUCAUGCAGAAAUCACACACACCAAUGUUGGACUCUACGCCCUGGGACCUUUCGCCUGCCGCUAUUCCCACAGGCUACCCUGAAUCGAACGCAGAGAGGCCAGAUUGGCCACCGGAAGAAGAGACCGACCCACUAGCUGACUAUAUUGCCAACAUUGACAAAGACUACCACGAGGAAUUGGCAUCUGGUGCAAAUAUUGACGCAGAAGUCGACAUUGACGUCGUAAAAGCUGCAACUCAACUGGAUCUGUCGGCCGCAAGCCCCAGAAGCUCCAAAAUGGAAUCACCAAGAUUACUAGCUCAAAUGCAAAUUGACACCGAACAUGAUACAAUUCCAACAUCAAGCGAAAAUGACGAAGGCGACAUGAUGACCUCUGAAUCAGAUGACGACAACCUUGAAGAUUUCGUGCUGCUCGAGGACCUGGCUAAUGAUUAUACUGGGUCCAUUAAGAAGAGUUCCCGCCAUGAAAGGUCUUUAUUUCCAUCUGCGUCGGCAGUUGCGGAUGCUCUCGAGUCUGACCCGUACUUUGGGUUUGAUAUAAUGGACUUUGACAGACCAAGCCUACGGAAAAAACCGAAGGGCAAGCAGUCCGUCCCAGACCUGGUACUAUCCGACAGUGAGUUCGAGAUCGAGUUACAGGAGGCCUGGACGAAUGACCGAACCAAAAAGAGGCUGCGGAAGGUGGAGCGGGAAGAGCUCCGGGCGCAAGGACUAUUGGGCAGGAAAGCAAGGGAUCCAGACCUCAAGGUCAAGUAUCCCAAGGAAAUGAACAUGGAGGAGUUUAUGACUGAGCUUCGCUCAUUCCUUAUGUCCGCUAAAAAUAGCCUGUCCUUGCCGCCAAUGACCAAGCAACGCAGAAAGCUGAUACAUGAAUUGGCCAAUGCACUGAAUCUGAAAUCACAGUCACGCGGCCAUGGGAUAUCUCGAUUCCCGGUCCUCAAUAAGACUGCGCGCACUCCGCGAUACACACCUAAGACUAUAUCUAACGUUGACGAUAUCUUAUCCGGCAGGAAAUUCAACCGUCGGUUGUUCAAAUCAUGGGGCACAGAAGUGCAGAAAUUUUCUCAACCUAAGCGUGGAAAGUCCGGUGCUGCUUCAUAUAUGGAUGGCGAUGUGGUUGGCGCCUCCGCCCCGGAGAUCGGAGCCGAAAACCGAGGGCGGGCCAUGCUAGAGAAGAUGGGAUGGAGUACCGGUACUGCUCUGGGUGCCGCCGAUAACAAGGGAAUUCUGCAGCCUGUGACGCAGAUCGUGAAGAACUCGCGGGCUGGGUUAGGUUAG